AUGGCGACCGCAGCACCGCCCGCCACUUCAAACUCCAAUGCCACAUUCAGAGACAAGGAGAAGCCGAUAGCAGUUCGGUCUGCCAACAUCGUCGCAGCCAGAGCCGUCGCCGAUGCCAUCCGAACGUCACUGGGCCCUCGCGGCAUGGACAAGAUGAUCAGGAGUGGUCGGGGCGAAACCAUCAUCACCAACGAUGGAAACACCAUGUUGAAGGGCAUGUCUGUCAUGCACCCCACAGCCAAGAUGUUGGUCAAUCUUUCAGCAGCACAGGAUGUCGAGGCAGGAGACGGUACAACUUCAGUCGUUGUCAUCUGCGGUGCUCUGCUCGGUGCUGCCGACCGGUUGCUAGGCAAGGGCAUCCACCCCUCCGUCAUCUCCGAGUCUUUCCAAAGAGCCGCAGCCGCAGCCGUACAAAUUUUACACGACAUGUCGCAUCCCGUCGCUCUUACAGACACCACGACCUUACUCCAGGCAGCAAACACCUCCCUGUCAUCCAAGAUCGUGUCACAAUAUUCGGGUCUGUUGGGCCAGAUGGCCGUCAAUGCUGUCACGAAAACGAUUGAUAUCAGGACCGCCGAAAACGUCGACCUCAAGAAUAUCAGAAUCGUCAAGAAGGUCGGUGGUACAAUAGAAGACAGCGAGUUGGUGGACGGCGUGGUGCUCAACCAGCCUGUCAUCAAGCAAGCGGGUGGACCCGUCAGAAUGGAGAAGGCCAGGAUCGGUCUCAUUCAAUUCCAACUGAGCCCGCCCAAGCCAGACAUGGAGAACACAAUCUCAGUAAAUGACUAUCGCCAAAUGGACAAGAUUGUCAAGGAGGAGCGCCUCUAUCUCCUGAACCUGGUCAAGAAGAUCAAGAAGGCAAAAUGCAACGUUAUUCUGCUUCAGAAGUCUAUCCUGCGCGACGCUGUCAACGAUCUCUCCCUCCACUUCCUUGCCAAGCUUAACAUCCUGGCCAUUAAGGAUAUCGAGCGUGAUGAGGUCGAAUUCAUCUGCAAGAGUACUGGAUGCAAACCGAUCGCCGAUAUUGACUCCUUCACCGAGGACAAGCUUGGCAGCGCUGAUUUGGUUGAGGAGUCACAAUCGAGUGGCGUUCGUUUGGUCAAGAUCCUGGGCACCAAGAGCGCAGGCAAGACUGUAUCUGUGGUAUGUCGCGGUGCAAACAGCUUGAUUCUGGAUGAGGCGGAGCGCUCUCUACACGAUGCUCUGUGUGUCAUCCGAUGUUUGGUGAAGAAGAAGGCGCUCAUCGCUGGUGGAGGCGCCCCUGAGAUUGAGAUUGCUGCUCAGCUAUCCAAACAAGCGCGGUCCCUGGCAGGCACCGAAGCCAUCUGCUGGAAGGCUUUCGCAGAUGCUCUUGAGGUUGUGCCCACAACACUGGCAGAGAAUGCGGGUUUGAACAGCAUCAAAGUGGUGACGGAGUUACGGCAUCGUCACGAAAUGGGCGAGAAGAAUGCAGGCGUCAGUAUCAAGAGCGGAGGUGUGAACACAAAUAUCGCGAAGGAAAAUGUCUUGCAACCUCUGUUGGUCAGCACAAGUGCCAUUGAACUAGCGGCGGAGACGGUCAAGAUGAUUCUGCGCAUUGACGACAUUGCGCUGAGUCGGUAA